AAAAGUUAAAAAUAAAAAGAAAAAUCUAAUUCCUAUUUCGGUAAGGGAAAAAGAACAAAAGAAAACAAAUUUACAGAGACCCGCAUCGAAGUCCAAACAAAGGAAGCUGCUGAAGGAGGCAAUCACUAAACUCUCUCUCGUACAGUUGAAGUUAGCUGUAAUUCUCAACAUUCAACAAUAACACCAAUCAAUCUCUAAUUAUAUAUAUUUUUAAUCAACUAACACACCAGAAAAACAAAUGGAUUUACCGGAGUUAUGGGCGAUUUUCGGUCCGGGCGUGGCAGGCGCUGUAUUCGGAGCCGGUUGGUGGUUUUGGGUUGAUGCCGUUGUUUGUAGCGCCGUUAAAGUCUCGUUUGUUCACUACUUACCUGGCAUUUUUGCAUCGAUCGCAGCUUUAAUGUUUAAUUGUGUUAGAAAGGAGGACAUUGAUUACUCUCCAUACGAAGAAGGCGAGUGGAGAUUGAAGCUUUGGCUUUUCUUUGCUUAUGUCGUAUCCUUUGUUUCUCUAGCGGCAUCAGUGGGCUUAUUGAUACAAGAUUCACUUGUUAAGUCGGGGCCUUCAGUAUGGACAGGAACUGCAGGUGUCUUGCAGUGUGUAUUUGUGUUGAUAAGCGGGCUAAUUUAUUGGACUUCGCAUUCGGAAUGAAUUGUGAAAUUGCAUGUAUCAUUUACUUAUUCAACCGACAGGAGGAAAUAUGGUCACCCUGGUGUACAUAUUUAUGACCUUCAGCUGCCUGUGAAAUCUUGAGCAUCGGUAGUAGCCCAUGUAACUCUUCUGGAAUUUGUGAUGGUUGUCCUAGAUUUUGUUCAUAACGGAUUCUAAUUUCAGCAAUACUGGUUUAUCUAGAUCGGUCAUGUACCAUUGUGCUUUGUUUGGGGCCAUAAAUUGAUAAUAUUUCCGAGAAAGGAUAAUUUGUUGCACCUAUGUAUCAUACCACUACUAUAUGAAACUUUUUCAGCUA